AUGGAAAGAAAACUGAAUCACACAUUAUUGUCAUUCAAGCCGUUGAGUUUCAAACUCAUCUGUGCGGCCUUUUGCUUCGGUCUUUCUGGCAUGUCAAGAGGACUUGACGAAGGCCUCAUCUCAACUACAGUUGCCCAAAAAUCCUUCAUUCGAGAAUUUGACCUCGAUUCAUCCGAACGAGCCAGCUACCUUUCCAAUGUCACCUCUAUGGUGCAUAUCGGCAGUAUUCCGGGCGCUUUGAUCGCUUUUCUUCUUUGCGAGCGAAUUGGCAUGCUUUGGUCGAUGCGGCAAUUGUGCAUGGUCUGGCUGGUGGGAGUUGUUGUGGUCAUCACGGCAGAUGGGCGUAUUGGACAAAUAUAUGCUGGGCGGUUCGUCAUGGGGCUCGGAAUCGGACAAUCGGGAGUUGUCGGUCCCACCUACUUGGCGGAAGUUGCACCUGCUCGCACUCGAGGCAUGCUGGUAUCUGUGUUUGGAAUGUCCGAGUAUAUCGGGAUCAUGAUAGGGUAUUUUGCUGCUUGGGGAGCUGCGUUGCACAUCUCUAAUGACACUGCCAAACAGUGGAUUAUCCCUCAAUCCAUACAAAUUGUCGUGGCUGGCGUUUUGGGCUUAUCUUCAUUUCUUUGCGAGGAAAGCCCUCGGCAUUUAUGCCGAAUAGGGAAACCAGAUUUGGCGAAACGCGCUCUAGGGAGACUAUGGUCUCUUCCCAAAGACCAUGGAGAGAUCUUGAUGGAGAUGCAGGGCAUUCGAAGUCAAAUUGAAACAGAACAGGGGUCGACAGCGUGGCGAUCUUGGAAAUCAUCAUUGAAAGAAUUGCUAGUCGUCAAGUCGAAUCGGAAUAAGCUGCUUUUUGUGGCCUCGGGACAAAUUCUCAGUCAAUGGUCUGGUGCAAAUUCUAUGACGACAUACGCACCGGAGCUCUUCUCAUUGUUUGGAUUGACGGGCCAGUCUGAAAAACUGUUCACCACUGCUAUUUUUGGUGCGGUCAAAUUUGUCGCUUCUCUCAUCGCGGCCUUUAUCAUGAUUGACCAUAUCGGUCGGAAAAAGUCUUUGGCUACAGGUAUAUUGGUUCAACAGAUUGCGAUGUUGUAUAUUGCUCUAUAUCUCACUGUGGUGAGCUUGUCCUCGGACCAGAAAUCUUCUUCAGCAGAUCGAGCGGGGCUUGCCGCCAUUAUAUUCAUGUAUAUCGUCGGGAUUGGCUGGGCCCUCGGCUGGAACUCAAUUCAGUAUUUGAUGAAUGCUGAGGUUUUCCCCCUGCGUGUCCGAGCGACAGGUACCAGUCUGUUGAUGUGUUUUCACUACGCGAACCGGUACGGGCUAUCUAAAGCUGUUCCAUAUAUGCUGCUUCAAGAUUCCCUUCAACCAAAGGGGACAUUCUGGUUUUUCUCAGUCAUGACACUUUUUGGAUUCUGGUGGACUUGGCUCUUGCUUCCGGAGACUGCAGGGCAGGCUCUAGAGGAGACAAAUAAAUUGUUUUCAUAA